GAUGGAUAGGGAGAGGAGAGGAGAGGAGAGGAGAGGGCAGCAGAACUAAUUUAAUCAUAUUCAUAUUUGAAGUUGGGUUUUAACAGCUACAAAAAGUAAAGGAAGGAUUCAUUCCACCCAACCUCCAUCUUCAAUUUUGUUUCAAAUAAAAUUAUUUUUUUGCUUUUCCGGAACGCCUUUGAAUUUCAUGAGAAUUGAUGGUCAUCCUGGGUGGAUUGGUUGCCGGAGGAGUUGAGAUUUUCUAGGGUUUUGGCUAUGGAGAAUAUAGAGACACUGUUAGCUGCCGUAGCUCAGACCAUGGGCUUCGGCGAUGAGGAGCCGGUGGUUCCUACUCCAUCGGAGCUGGACCUGGAGAGCUCUGCCUCUCCUGCGGCUGUCGGAGACGCGCAUCCUCCACCGGCGGUGGUAGUUCCAGAUCUGACUGCUGCUGCUCCGGUUCCGGUGAGUGCGAGCGCCGUCUGUGAGAAGCGUAAGCGAGGACGGCCGCCGAGAGGGCAGCUCACGGCGAAGCCUCCACCGAUUAAGAAGGUGAAAGUUGAAGAUGAAGAUGAGGAUGUUUGCUUUAUUUGCUUUGAUGGAGGCUCUCUGGUUCUCUGUGAUCGAAAGGGUUGUCCAAAGGCGUACCAUCCAGCUUGUAUCAAACGCGACGAAGCCUUUUUCAGAUCAAAAGCUAAAUGGAACUGCGGGUGGCACAUAUGCAGUGGAUGCAAAAAGACUUCUCAUUAUAUGUGCUACACUUGCACCUACUCGUGGUGCAAGGGAUGCACUAAAGAUGCGGAUUUCGUGUGUGUGAGAGGAAACAUGGGGUUUUGCCCAACAUGCAUGAAAACUAUCAUGAUGAUUGAAAAUAAAGACCAAGCAACCAAUGAUUCGAUUCAAGUAGAUUUUGACGACAAACUUAGCUGGGAGUAUCUCUUCAAGAUGUAUUGGGUAACCUUAAAAGAGAAAUUAUCUUUUACACUGAGUGAGCUCAUUCAAGCCAAAAGUCCCUGGAAAGGGGUGGCUGCAGUGACGCGUAACCCGCGGUUAAAUAAUGCAGUUCCCUCUUCAGUCGGCGCAGGCGUUUCUAUGUCAUAUAGCGGUACUGGACAUUUCGAGUUGAAUAAGCCCCACAUCGAGAUGAAUUUGGUACAAAAUGAUGGGUUACGAACAUCACUGUUGAGUAAUGGCAACCAUGUCAAGAAAUUAAACAAUGACAAUGGAGAAUAUGGCCCUACUUACAGCAAAGAGACUGUAAAACCGAAAGUCGAGACGAGCAUUGCCAAAAUCAAUGACAAGCCAGACAUUAAGGAAGUUGUUCAUGAGCCAUGCAUUAAAAAAGAUCUAGAUGAUCCGUGCAGCGUAAAAAAUACUAGCAAACUGUGCAUCAGCAAGAACACAAAUAGCAUAGAGACAGACAAGCUGGCGGUUUACAGUACUGAAUGGGCAUCUAAAGACCUCUUGGAUUUUGUUAAACACAUGAAGAAUGGCGACACAUCUGCUUUGUCGCAGUUUGAUGUUCAAACACUAUUGGUUGAAUAUGUAAAGAGAAACAAUCUCUGGGAUCCACACCAGAAGAGUCAAAUUGUAUGUGAUCAAAGGCUCAAAAAUAUAUUUGGAAAGCCAUAUGUUGAUCAAACUGAAAUGCUGAAGCUCCUUGACUUUCAUUUUGUUGUAAAGGAAGAUACACAGAAAAAUCCGUUCUUUCCUGCUAGAGCUGUUGGAUCUGCUGCAAAUAAUUUGGAUGCAGAUGGAAAAAUAAAUGGGUUGCCAGUGCCAGUGCCAGUGCCAGUGCCAAGUAACAGUAGAAAGCGGAAAACACGCAAGAAGAAUGAAAACAGAGUAGCCCAGCUUGAUCUGAAUGAAUAUGCUGCAAUUGAUGUUCAUAAUAUCAAUCUGAUCUAUUUGCAGCGUAAUUUGAUGGUGACUCUUGCUGAAAAUAGUGAGAGUUUCAAUGACAAGGUUAUUGGAUCUAUCGCAAGGAUCAAAAUAUCAGCCAAUGAUCAGAAACCAGAAGUUCAUAGGCUUGUCCAAGUUAUAGGUACUAGCAAGGUGUCUGAGCCCUAUAAAAUUGGCAACAAGACAACAGAUCUCAUGCUUGAAGUUUUAAAUUUGGACAGAAGAGAAGUUGUAUCUAUCGAUUCCAUUUCAAAUGAAGAGUUUACUGAGGAUGAAUGCAAAUGGCUACGUCAGAGCAUUAGAUGCGGUCUUGUGAAACAAUUUACUGUUGAUGAGGUAAAAAAGAAAGCCUCUGCACUUCAAUCAGUUAGAGUCAAUGAUUGGCUUGAUGCGGAAAUAUUGCGGCUAAGUCAUCUUAGAGACCAAGCUGGCGGGAAGGGGAAUAAGAGACAGCUUAGAAAAAAUGCCGAAAGAUUACUGUUGCUAAAAUCACCUGAGGAGCGCCAACGAAGAAUUUCUGAUGUUCUAGAGAUACACGCUGAUCCGACAAUGAAUCCAAAUUAUGAAUCUGAAGAAGAUAUCAGAAGUAGUGACCACAUUAAAAAAGGCAAAGAAGAGCAUUCUGUAGAGGUGCAAGAUAGAAUCACGAAGAAAACAAAUGCUAGUGCAUCAAAUGAUUUGGAGAAACACACAAACCAGAUUGAUAUUGGUUGCUCACCUUCUGGUGCUGGGAAUGAUCAAACCAUGGAAAGGUCUGGGUUGGAGACAUCGACUGCAAUUGCCUCCAUCGGAAACUCACAGGCUGCUGACAACAUAGAAACUGAGAAACUUUGGCAUUAUCGUGACCCCAAUAGUAAGAUUCAAGGGCCUUUUUCCAUGAUGCAGCUGCGGAAAUGUAAUAGUACUGGACUGUUUCCACAUGACAUGCGGAUAUGGACCAAUCACGAGCAAUAUGACUCGUUACUUCUAACUGAUGCUUUGGAUGGGAAAUUAUAUGCAGCACCAGACAUGUCACAUAAAGCCUCUUCAAAUUCACAGGAAAACGGGCCCGCUGGGGGAGCUGUCCCGAGCGAGGGUGCAAAUGGGACUACUAAAGAUGCUAAACAAACAGAAGUUGCUGGGUGUAGUAAUUCGGAUGGUUUGCCUGACGCUGCUGCUAGACCCGUGAAAGUAGAUGAGUCUUGCUCCUCUGGGUGGCCUCAAUGUUGGGAUUUGCUUAAAGAUGGUAAACCAAUUGCUGAUGGUGUCCAAUUACGUGAUCUGCUUCCUCCAUCAAACCCUGAGACAAGAGAUGAACCUUUGACUGAUCGAGUCCUAGAGAGAGAUGAAUUAAACCUUAGUUCACAAAAUGGAGAAAAGAAUGCAGCUGGCCCAACUCAAAAUCCUAUGCCCUGUGAAGAUGAACUUCGAACUGAACAUAAAGAUGAUGACCGAACAGGUCAAUCUUCAGAAGGAAAUUUGAGAUCCCUGAACAUCAACUUGAGCUCAACCAUCCCUGAACCUGUGCCGGUUUUGACUUCUGUGCCAACGUCGCUAGUUUCAAGCAAACAGCCUGAGAAUAUAGAUGUCUUGGAUCUUCUUAGUCCUACCUCAAAGUCUGAAAACCAGCAGUCAGUCGAUGCAGAUAUUCCUGCUCAUGGCACGAGUUUUCUGGAGCUGCUGACUCCUGCACCAAGAUCCAACAAUGAAGAUCAGGCUGCUCAGGAAACUGACACGAAGCCUGGGUGUAAAAAUCUUCCUAUGUCUAAUUCUGGCCCCGGCUGGAUAGGUGCAUCUAGUCUAGGUAUCGGUGGCGUCCAGCUCCCAGAUGUAGCUGAUGAAUGGUGUGGAUAUUCUCAGACACAUGCUGCAAAACCACCUAUGCAAGAAUGGGAUUCUGGUCUAGUCUCCGCAUCUGCUUUAGGGCCACCUGAAGUCACCGGGGAAAAUGCUGAUGCCUCUGCACCCGAAGCUCACCAUCUUUCUCAUACUCCUCCGUCCCAUCCUCCAUCUAAUGGACCUAAUUGGCUUGCCAUAAUGAACGAGCCAAUUGAGUUUGUUGCUCUAGGUGAGGAUUCAGUGUCUGAUCUGUUGGCUGAAGUGGAUGCUAUGGAAUCGCGAGGCGCUCUGCCUUCGCCUACUUCAGCCAUCAAGUUUGCUCGGGAAUUGCUUGAAGAUUGUAAAGACGAUUGCUUUAGUUCAAUGGAGGGUUUUAGCCCUACCCCAGAACCUCGAAAAAGUGAUGCAUUCAGCUCCACCACCGAUGUACAUCUGACAUCCCAAUCCUCUGCCCCAUGUAAACCAAAUGGAACAUCUCCAGUUGACGCCUUCGAUUUUUUCCGGAGGUCGAGCGUGAAUUCAUCUGCAAGCAGUGAGGGUGAAACAAGCGCUGCAGUUCAUUCUGGGGAUCCCGGUUCGGAAUUCCACCACUCUCCUGCACCAAACCAAGAGAUGGUCGGUGCUGGUGCUGGUGCUGGUGCUGGUGCUGGUGCUGGUGCUGGUGCUGGUGCUGGUGCUGGUGCUGGAGCAGGAGCAGGAGCAGGAGCAGCCAUGGCUCCCGGGCUGGGAUCCGAUGCUACGGAUCCCAGUUGGGGACAGAUGCAGGGCAACAUCAACCUAGUCACAGUGCAAGGUAAUGUUAAUCUCGUCCUCGGAGGAUCGGCUGCCCAGGGGAUGGCGAACCUCCCAUGGGGAGCGAACCAGGGCCCCAACUGGGCCAACCCAAACUCGAUCCGGAGCCCUAGAAACGGGAGUCAGCCAUGGGACGGGCAGCGCAAGUUCGGUGGGGAUAGGUUCAACUGUCCUAGAGAAUGGGGGGGUUAUCAAGGUAGUGAUCCGGGAUUCGGGGGCGGGAGGGGCAGGCCGCCGUGGGGCCGUCAGCAGUACAACAGUGGUGGAUAUUUGAGGCCUCUUCCAAAGGGGCAGAGGGUGUGUAAAUUCUACGAGAGCGGUCGCUGCAAAAAGGGAGCUUUCUGUGAUUAUCUUCAUCCAUGAUUGUUGUGAGUUUUCAUACACUGGAUUUGGUAACUUCUUGUUGUAUAAUUAUUUGUUAAGAGUAAUCUCUCUAGGCCAGAUAUCUUUUUUUUUGCAAAGUUAAUUUUGAGAGUAAUCUCCUUAAUUAGCUGUAGAUUUGUACUUGGAGCUUAAUUUUAAUAAUAAUAAAAAAAAUAAUAUUGUUACUCUAA